AGUUGCUGCAAUGCCCAGAAUUACAUUUCAUCCUGAGACUGGUCCUGAAAGCCGGAAACUUCAUGAAUGCCGGUGGAUACGCCGGGAACGCGGCCGGUUUCCGAGUGUCAUCUCUGCUCAAACUCGCCGACACCAAAGCCAACAAACCCGGGAUGAAUCUUCUGCAUUUCGUAGUCAUGGAAGUCCAGAAGAAGGAUCCCAAAUAUCUCUCCUUCGCAGACUCAUUAAAGCACGUUCAAAGUGCCAGCAGACUGUCUGAAGAAAACUUGCUGGAGGACUUUGACAGACUGCAGUCCCGGGUGAUUGCAAUGCAGAGGAAUGUGGCCGCCCACGAGGAGGAGGAUCUGAGACGACAGAUGGAAGAAUUCUUAGAGGACGCGGAGGAGCAGCUCCGUGACGUACAGAGGGAGGUGGAAGAUUUGCGCUCCUGGAAGAGAACUCUGGUGGACUUCCUCUGUGAGGACGAGGAAACCUUCCGCAUGGAGGAAUGCUGCAAAAUCUUCAGCUGCUUCUGCCAGAAAUUCCAGACCGCCGUCAAGGUGAGCGAGGGGGGAGGCGGCUUGUACGAGACAGGCGUGGUCUCAUCGGUUGCUAUGGGCAACGGCACCA